AUGGCCCCUCUCAAGGCUGGAGACUCUUUCCCCGCAGAUGUCAAGUUUUCAUACAUUCCUUGGAGCGAAGAGAAGGGAGAUAUCACUGCAUGCGGUGUUCCCCGGACAUACGACGCAUCGAAGGAGUGGGCAGAUAAAAAAGUUGUCCUGUUUGCUGUUCCUGGUGCAUUCACACCCAGCUGUUCCGCAAGCCAUCUCCCCGGUUAUAUUAAGAACCUGCAAAAACUCAGAGCCAAAGGCGUCGAUGUUGUUGCCGUCCUUGCCUCCAACGAUGCUUUCGUGAUGAGCGCAUGGGGAAAAGCGAAUAUGGUAACCGGCAAUGAUAUUCUCUUCCUAAGCGAUCCAGAUGCGGCGUUCUCCAAGAGCAUUGGCUGGACCAUGGGCGAACGGACUGCUCGGUAUGCCCUCAUUCUUGACCAUGGGAAAGUGACUUAUGCUGAGAAAGAGCCUGGGCGGGACGUAACGGUGUCCAGUGCUGAAGCAGUCCUAUCCAAGCUAUAAGCUACUGGAAUAUACGGAAUUCUUGUGGUUGCGGGGGGGCUAAAGUAGACAAAUAAAAUACUCAUAUGGCUGAGUUUCUGUCUCUUUGAUAUUGGCGGAGGGGAUCGCUUGACAAAGCUCUUUUUGUAGACGGAUAAAAUAACAAUAGAAUUCAAUUCAAUUCGGGGUAGUGCAAGUCGGAAGAAUUCAUAUAAUUAUGAUUCCAUAGAACCAAGUUACUUCAACACGCAGAG